AUCAACGAUGAUUUGUUUGUGGGUGCUUAUCCUUUUGCCGUAAGUGUACAACAAGCAAUGAGAAUUACUUUAAAACACGACUCCACUGCGCCUUUCUUUUAUACCUCCCCCUACUCCAUGCCCCUCUCAACAACAAGUCGUUUGGUUCCCCACCACCAGCCAAUGUUUCUGGCGCAUAAACGGCAACGCCGCACCGCUACUAGUGUCCUCGCUGGCGAUUUCGAUCUUCGACCUCCCCGGGAUGUGCUCACUAGCCUACUCAAUGGCGUAGCACCUUACAAGGAAGUUGAGAAAGAGGAAGAGACGCGUAGAACAAAAAAGAAAGAGAAGAGGGAACGUCUGAAGGAGAAACAAAGGACAAAAGCGACCUCCAAGGUUCCAGAGAAACCUAUCAAAGUGGAGAGUGCCACUGCACCUCCACCUGCGCCCAUCGUAGCUAUCCAAUCAAUCAGUGCCCCUGCCGUGCAGACCUCUUCUUUCUGGCGCGCCCGCGGGACGAGUCACCGACCUACUAUACACAUUGCGACCAUGCAGCGCUCUGUAUCAGUUACACCGCCUCCAAUGGCAUCUUCCCCACAGUCUACCCCCGGACCGUCAGUUUCUUCGGCUACAUCCCGUACAUCAUCGAAGCGCCCCCGCACGCCUGCAGAUGACUACCCCGAUUCCGAUGCCUUCAUCCAUUACAGAAGCGCUCCACAACCACGGAAAAAAAGAAUUGCUGUGAAGAAGGGCUGGAAGGGUUGGGUGGAGGGUUCGCCAGCGCCGUCCGAGAAGCUCAUCAAUCUGGAUGCAGUUCCUGUGCUACAGGAGAGACGCACACGCAGUGGCAAAAGUUUCGACGCAAUAGGUGUUGGAAAGGAUGGUUGGGUAUAAAUGCUCCUUACACACAGCAUCAUACCUCUGCCCUUCUCAUCGCGAUGCCCCUUGAAAUCAUACUGAUACCAGCCCACGGGUCGGAAGGAUUUCGUCCGAAUUGCAACUUACCCCCUUUGGUAUAUUCCCCACCAUCUUAACUGGUUCCUUACACCUCUAUCUCGCUCAUCUCAAUAACUAUAGCUACAGUAUAUGCACACAUAUCAAUUUUGGUCCUAGUUCUGUAUUUGUUGUAUCGCCUGGUUUUAACAUACAAUCUUGUCGUCUUCCGUUGUUUGGUCGGGUGUCAUGGUGUUGGCUUUCUUUAUCUAGCUACCAGCCUUUCUGGGUUUUCUUUGCUAAAUAUAUGUAUGUAUGAUGACCGAUUUUGAUGUCGGCCGAUGAAUGAAAUUCCUAAUAACCUGGGAUUGUGCUUUCACGGUA